UGCCACCUACUCCAUCUCGACCCUCUUUUUUUUCCCAUUAAAUGCUUCUCUUCUUGCCGCUCUCAUCUCGGGGAUGCUGAACCACCCGCCUCCCCUCAACCCGAACUACCCUAGGCCUAUAAGCCCCCCAUCUCCCUCAAGUAAGAGGCAGGGAUCCAUGAGCGCUAAGGCGAGUUGCGGUUCUGAUUGGGCGUGAGAUCUUGUCAAUCUCCAAGUUUUUCCAAUCAAGGGCCGGGUCCACCUAGCUUUCCGCUCUUCCAUUGGCCUGUGUGCGGGGAAGGUGGAGGAAAAGGGUAAACCGAGCUCGCGCGAGAGCAGCGCUGGGUCUUCAGUGCGCAGGUGCGAAGAGUCUGGCUGGGGCCCGGGCCGGGGGCGGGCUAGAAAACGCGUCGUUUGAUUUUGGACAGUGACGGAGUUAUCUGGGUUCAACCGCUGGGCAGAAGGCGUUUGUCAGGGCCCCGGCCAAGAACGAGGCCCGCCAGAUUCCCAAUGGUGUCCAUGACUUUCAAGCGGAGCCGCAGCGACCGGUUCUACAGCACCCGGUGCUGCGGUUGUUGCCAUGUCCGCACCGGGACGAUCAUCCUGGGGACCUGGUACAUGGUGGUCAACCUGUUGAUGGCAAUUUUGCUGACUGUGGAAGUAACACAUCCAAACUCAAUGCCCGCUGUCAACAUUCAGUAUGAAGUCAUUGGCAAUUACUAUUCGUCCGAGAGAAUGGCUGAUAAUGCCUGUGUUCUUUUUGCCGUCUCUGUUCUUAUGUUUAUCAUCAGUUCAAUGCUGGUAUAUGGAGCAAUUUCUUAUCAAGUGGGUUGGCUGAUUCCGUUCUUCUGUUACCGGCUUUUUGACUUCGUUCUCAGCUGCCUGGUUGCUAUCAGUUCUCUCACUUACUUGCCAAGAAUCAAAGAAUAUCUGGAUCAGUUACCUGAUUUUCCCUAUAAAGAUGACCUCCUGGCUUUGGACUCCAGCUGCCUCCUGUUCAUUGUUCUUGUAUUCUUUGCCUUGUUCAUCAUUUUUAAGGCUUAUUUAAUCAACUGUGUUUGGAACUGUUAUAAAUAUAUCAACAACAGAAACAUGCCAGAGAUUGCUGUGUACCCUGCCUUUGAAGCACCUCCACAGUAUGUUUUGCCAACCUAUGAAAUGGCAGUGAAGAUGCCUGAGAAGGAACCACCACCUCCUUACAUACCUGCCUGAAGAAAUUCUGCCUUUCUCAAUAAACCCUAUACCAGCUUUUUGUCUUGUUUAUUUUACAAAAUGCUGCAACACAGGGCUCUUCAAACUUAUUGGAUAUAAAGUACAUUUUCCUUUGUUUAAAUACUAACAAGCUUUUUGGAUAGCUAUUAAAAGUCAGAUUUUGUUGUUGUUAAGUGUAUUACAUUUUAAUAGUUUUUGAAGACAAUCUAGGUUAAGCAAGAGCAAAGUGCCAUUGUUUGCCUUUGAUUGGGGGGUGGGUGGGAAGCGGGCAUUCUCUACACAUAUUCUUUUUUAACUGCACUUUCUUUAUAUAAUAGUUUGCAUUUUGGUUAUUUGCUGCCCUGGAUACUUCCAGGAAGAAUGAAUGAAAUAUUCAGGGUGAGCGAGUUCGGUAUAAGAUCCGAGAUUUUCAGCUCUGAAAACAGGAAAAAUAUAUAACAUUUUAACUUGACUGUGGAAGAUGAUGGUUGCAUGUUUCUAAUUUUGUAUGUUUCCAUCUUUGUGAUAAGAUGCUUUAAUAAAUCUCUGAAAUAUU